AGACUGCUGCAGCAGCCGUUCGACCCACUCACCCACUCACCCACUCACUCACUCACUCACUCACCUCCGCCGCCUCGCCAGCCAGUCCAGUCAGCCGCCCGCCCGCCCGCCAUGUCGGCCGCCAGCACCGAGACGAGCGCCCCGCUGCCCACCGCCGGCGGCCGCGUCUUCUUCCAGCCCGCGCCCGGGGUGGGCUGCGUGGGCUCGGCGCCCCUGAGCGCGCCGCCCGACGUCGACCCGGUGCAGAAGAAGCACGGCAAAGUCACCGUCAAGUACGACCGCAAGGAGCUGAGGAAGAGGCUGGUUCUGGAGGAGUGGAUCAUCGAGCAGCUCAGCGACUUGUACGACUGCGAGGAGGAAGAGAUGCCUGAGGUGGAGAUAGACAUUGACGACCUUUUGGAGGUCAACAAUGAUGACGAGAGAGCCAGCAAACUGCAGGAAUCAUUAAUAGACUGUUACAAGCCAACAGAGGAUUUUGUCCGCGAGUUGCUGGGCAGGAUAAGAGGAAUGAGGAAACUCAGCGCUCCGUCUAAGAAGGGUCUAUAAUAGCGGGAAAGCGACGUCGCCUCAUCUCCCUCAGCACCUCCCACCCCCUACAAUUACACAGCACAUCACUCUGCGAGCAUUCAUCAUGCAUUAUAGACAAUACAUGUACACAAACACAAACAAGGGUAAUAUACAUUACUGGACUGUUAAAAAAAAAAAAAAAAAAAGGUACGUAGCCUAAUUUUACAUUUCAGAGCCAUGUUUGCUCGUUUCCAGCCAUAAAGACAAAAAAUGUCAAGCAAAGGGAGGCGCUAAAACAUUUGUACUGCAUUUUGUUGUGAGAUUAGCUGUGGCACUGUAAGUAGGCACUAUGUACGUAAGCACAGUGCUUCACUCCGACUCUUCUGCUGUUUAAUUUUUUUGACUCAAGUGUUUCGCUGUUACUUGAUAGGAAAAUGCUUUUUAGUUCAUGUCCUGCUCAUUAUCCUCAUGUACUGUAACUUAUUCUGCUUGCAUACGGAAAAGCAGUUUUUCUUUGAUUUUAGUUUUUACAUGUAACCCCCGAAGAGAUAGUGGAUUUUCAAAACAUAUAUUACUAGCGGAACUGUUUUUAAAUAUGUGAGCUAUUUAACCCACUGUUCUUGAGUACUUUUCACCGCAGCAAGGCAUGAUGGGUGUUGUAGUCCUCCGCGCGGGACCGCAAGCCUGUAUGAUUGGCAGCCUUUCAUUUCCCCGUCACAGCACAUAUCGUUUAGCGGUUUGUUUUGAUUUGUGCACAUUUAUCGGUAAGGCUCGCCUUUUAAAAAGGACAUUCAGGAUAUGUUGGACUAUUUCUCAGCGCUCAACCUUAUAACUGUACUGACGGACACAAACAGUAAAGUCAGAACCUGUAGAUGACUUGAAACGUGACACUUUACGUGCCAAACAUGAUUACAAAUGUCAAACAGAGUUGACAUGUGAUACACCAUUCCCAAAGAGGAAGUGUUUUGUCAUGUCGGCUGCAGAAUGCCAGGUUGAUGAAGUGGGUUUAGGUAUUUAAUGCAGAGCAACAACACUCAUUUAAAAAACCACUUGCCUUUAUAGGUCUCCCAUUAAGCAAAAGAUGAUCCCGAGAGCCUGUUUAUGAGCACCAACUGUGGAAAAAUGUAAAUGGUAAAUGGGUUAUACUUGUAAAACCUUCAAGGUACUCAAAGCGCUUUGACACUAUUUCCACAUUCACCCAUUCACACACUGAUGGCGGGAGCUGCCACGCAAGGCCCUAACCACGACCCCAUCAGGAGCAAGGGUGAAGUGUCUUGCUCAAGGACACAACGGACGUGACUAGGUUGGUAGAAGCUGGGGCUCGAACCAGGAACCCUCAGGUUUCUGGCACGGCCACUCUCCCAACUGCGCCACGCGGUCUCCACUUUUAAGAGAAGAAACGCUCACAUGGUUACUUUUUGAAAGGCAAAACCUCCUUCCCCAGGCUUUGCUACAUGUCUUCAAAUAAAAACCCGAGAUCCACCAAGUAUCUCUCGGUCAUACGUGGGUUCUCGGAGUUUGAUCAGUUGGUCUUUUUGUCAGCGAAAAGGCGAACCUUUUAACCUGUAAAAAAUGUGAGGUCACAUAGCUAACAUUGGUGUCCUUUCGGUCGCACUCCUAAAUGGUACCUUGUUGUAUGCGAUAUACAGCAUUUAUUACGUUUGACAAGUGCAGAGUUGAAAGUGUUUAUGUAAAAAGUGCACAACAGCAAUUCUUGGAGACACACAAUCCGUCAGACAAACAAAGCUCAUUAGCAUUAAAACUACAAACACAGUCGGGCUUACUUAAGUCUAGAUUACAGCAUCAAGGCUAGACUUUGGACAACACACUUCCACGACACAAUUGUGGGACCACCUAUUUCAAAUGGGUGAAAGUAUUAUAAUACGGGACCUUUAACAAUCAAUGAACCUGUCAGCCAUGUGACAAAAUCCCCCUCAGCUGCCAAAGACGCACACACAAGCGGGUCAAUGGUUGAUUUGUUGUUUAUUUUGUUGCAUACCACACUUUACAAAGUGCCCGUCUUGCAUGCAAACAUAAGUAAGUAAACAUUGACAAAAAGUAUCGAUAUAGAACACUUAUAACCAAGCAAAAAACAAGUUAGCUUCUUAACUUUAAAGACUUUUUGGUAACAUUUUAGUAUGGGGAACAUAUUCACCAUUAAUUGGUUGCUUAUUAAAGUAACAAAGACUUAAUUUAGAGUUAUUUGGACACUAGGGGAACAUAUAAGGGUUAGGGAAGGGGUCGGCAACCCAAAAUGUUGAAAGAGCCAUAUUGGACCAAAAAUUUAAAAAAAAAAUCUGUCUGGAGCCGCAAAAAAUUAAAAGCCAUAUUACAUACAGAUAGUGUGUCAUGAGAUAUAAAUUGAAUUAAGAGGACUUAAAGGAAACUAAAUGACCUCAAAUAUAGCUACAAAUGAGGCAUUAUGAUGCAAUAUGUACAUAUAGCUCGCCUAAAUAGCAUGUUAGCAUCGAUUAGCUUGCAGUCAUGCAGUGACCAAAUGUGUCUGAUUAGCACUCCAACAAGUCAAUAACAUCAACAAAACUCACCUUUCAUGCACAACCUUAAAAGUUUGGUGGCCAAAAUGAGACAGAAAAAGAAGUGGCAUACAUCACGUCCUAGAAAGUUAUACAUGUAAACAAACUACGGUGAGUUCAAGGACCGCCAAAAUUAGUAGGACAGAACGGCGCUCGCCAAAUACUGGAAUCAGUGACGCAUGUUUAAUAUAAACAGUGUGCUUUAUAACAAUUAGGGAGGUUUGUGUCAUGUUUGUCCUCCUACAGAAACCAUAUUAAAACAAAAAAUAGAUUGUUUUCCCCUCAUCUUUUUCCAUUUUUCAUACAUUUCUGAAAAAGCUCCAGAGAGCCACUAGGGCGGCGCUAAAGAGCCGCAUGCGGCUCUAGAGCCGCGGGUUGCCGACCCCUGGGUUAGGGUUAGGGUUACUAAUAAGCAAUAAUUCUGAGGUUAAUGAGGGAAGACUCUUAGUUAAUGGCUUACUGGUUGUAUAAUAAAGCCAUGCAGAAUAAGGCAUUCAUAAGUACUUAAUAAUGACUAAUUAAGAGCCAAUAUUUUACUAAUUUGCAUGUUAAUAAGCAACUAAUUAAUGGUGAAUAUGUUCCCCAUACUAAAGUGUUACCGAUUUUUUUUUCAGAAUAACGUGACUAACACGUUGGAGAGAAUCCAGGAAGUCUUUUUAAAAAUCGGUGCUGUUUUUGAUGUCCUUCCCAGGUUGUGGUUGUGUAAAAAAAAAAAAAAAUAGCGUUUGCACUGUGUGACGCCGGGCUAUGUUGGCUACAAUGGCGUCCUCUUUCAUAUUCGUUCAGGAGGUCGUCAUUACAGCCAAACGAGGCACAUCCGGGGUUUCGUGAGAAAGGUACCUAAUAGGAUUUUCUCUUUCAAGAAACAGUUCAGGGGCAAUAGGUUGCUAUUUUAUAAUUUAUGGAAAGUAUUUUAAAAGUGUCCAUUAUAGAAUGAGCUUUGCAUGUAUUUUUUAAGUAGUAUGUGGAGGGGGGAAGGGGACAUUUGUCGGCCCAAAGGUUUUUACUUCACAAACACGUUCCUUUUUUUAUACCUUUUUUUUUUUUUAUCAAUAUUUUUCCCAGCUGCUCUUGUUUUUUCUGUACAUCCACAAUAAGCAAUCUUGUUUUUAAUAAUGUAACGUAAAGUGUGCGUGUGAUCUGUUUUUUUGCUGACAAUAAAAAAAUGCAGGAAAUCUGCGCCAUUUUAAAGA